AUGUUUGCCCAGGGCCUAGUGGACUUCUUUUCACAUUUUGCCAGCACCGAGGUUAUUAGCCAUGGGACUUGUGACUCUUCGCCGCCCAGCAGGGAUCCACUUGGACUGGAGUUCCUAGCCCGCCAUCCAGCAUUCCCUCCGCAAAUUGCUACCGAAGGACUUGUACCCCUCCUCGACAGUUACAUAGACCGGUCCGUUUCAGCAGUCAAAUCAGCCAGUGCCGUGCGGUUGGCGCUUCCACAACACGACUUGUCACAGGCUUUGAGUAUAUAUGGCAUACCUCAAGCCCCGGCGGUACCAUGUGUGUCACAGUCCAGCUUCGGGGAUCAUGAUAGGCAGGCAGAGCCCCCCGGACCGAGAGAGUUGUACCGCAUAGCUUCAAACUGCAUGUUGUCGGCUUUUAACUUAAGCAAGGCUGUCAAGGGCGCCAAGAGCGCCAAGGGUGCCAAGGAUGACAACGUGGUGCGCAUCAGCACGGACCGCCCAGUCAUUCCUAAAUCGACCAUCGCUCUAAGUCCUGAAUAUGUGUUUGCGACCUUUAUGUUUGGAGGACUCUGGUACUACUACGCCAGUCGCUCUUCUAUCGAGCCAGUCGUGGACAAUUGGUGCUCAUGGCUCAAUGACAGGAUUGCUGGUGCUAGGGCACCGCCAAUCAAGAAUACUCCUUGGCUCGGCUCUACUAAAUCGUUGUUUGCUGCCAAUACAGAGCAUGAUAUUCUUGCAACUUUGUGGACUUUCGUGACUCGCGGUGCUGGUAAUCUUCAACCAACUGGGUAUCAAGCUAGCUUCUCUGAGUUCUAUUCAAUGAUGGCCCUCCGGGCAGGUGUCUCUUUCGUGGCCUACGACGGCACCCUCUUAAUUGAUACUGCUGUGGUCAUGCAGACAGUGGCCCAGGUUCCAAAUCUCGGAUAUGAUGGUAUGACUGGUGACCAAAGAGGAGCUGUGAUUUUUUUCGAUUGCGACAUGGGCAAAGCCUGGGCGGCUCGUUUUCUUGCAGCGGUCCGCUGGUAUACCCACUGCUCUCCUAGUGCCAUGGGAUUAAGCACAAUAGCAAGUGGCUUAUAUGCAUAUACAUCACAACGCCAUGGGCCUGGCUACUGGAAAUACAUCCGCCCACGGCUCAUCCACACACAGGGUCAAGCGUCCAGCUUUGACUUGCCUGUCUGUACCCCCAGCUUUUGGUACGAUGGUGGACUUGAAGAGCGCCAGCCACCACCACUCCGUCCAUGCAAACACUGUCCACAACCUAUCUAUGAUUCCCCCAUAAUUGGUGCUAUCAAUGCCGUCUCGUCAAUCACAGAGUGUGAGACUUAUGAGCAAUGGCGCUCUCAAAUUGCUAUAUCCGUUGCCAGCGUGGAUAGUUGGCUGCGCGACCUUGCAACUCGUGGUGAGAGCGAUGUCUUACUCCGUGCCACAAUAGGAGCAGCCCCAAGCUUCCUCACUCUAUUGUCUAAGACCCUUACUGCUGUACUAGAAUUCGAUUGA